ACAAACUUACUCAGCCAGGUGACAGCUGAGCUGACAGCAGGGAAGUACCUCGGCUUCACUCGAGUCUACGCAGCAUAACAAACGAUAUCGCGGCAACGAUUAACGCCGAAUCGAAGAGCGCUCACAUCCGGACGCUUCACCGCGGAGAGCGAGUUCCCUGCUUGUCUUACGAGAGGUAAUUUGACAGCCGCUCUUCUUCCUGUCGCUGUUGCUGUGCGAGGAGGAGCCAGCUAGCCGCGGUAACGUCAGCAUGUCAGAGGCGGCCACAGCGGAGGCGAAGCUGGAGGUGAAGCAGGCGAGCAAGGAGGUGAAGGAGAGCGAAAACGUAGCGGAAAAAUAUUCAGCCAUGACCGUGAGCAAGAACAGCGAAAUGAACAUGGGAGAGCUGUCGUCCGUGUUCAGCGCCGUGGCCACUCACAAACCAGUGAAGAAGCAAAUCACGUUUGUGGAGGACAAGCAGGAGUUCAGCCGGUUCCCCACCAAGGCCGGCCGCCGCUCCCUGUCCCGCUCCAUCUCUCAGUCGUCCACAGACAGCUACAGCUCCGCGGCAUCAUAUACAGAUAGCUCCGACGACGAGACCUCGCCUCGGGACAAAACCCAGGUCAACUCCAAGGGCAGCAGCGACUUCUGUGUCAAGAACAUCAAACAGGCUGAAUUUGGCAGACGUGAGAUUGAGAUCGCAGAACAAGAUAUGACCGCGCUGAUCUCUCUCAGGAAGAGAGCGCAGAGUGAAAAACCAUUAGCAGGUGCCAAAAUUGUGGGCUGCACUCACAUCACGGCCCAGACUGCAGUGCUGAUCGAGACCUUGGCGGCUCUUGGGGCUCAGUGCCGCUGGACUGCCUGUAACAUAUACUCCACGCAGAAUGAAGUGGCGGCUGCCCUGUCAGAGACAGGUGUGGCUGUGUUCGCCUGGAAGGGCGAGUCUGAGGACGACUUCUGGUGGUGUAUCGACCGCUGCGUCAACACCGAGGGUUGGCAGCCAAACAUGAUUCUUGAUGAUGGAGGAGACUUGACACACUGGAUGUACAAGAAAUACCCCAAUGUAUUCAAGAAGAUCAGGGGCAUUGUAGAGGAGAGCGUCACUGGGGUUCACAGGUUGUAUCAGCUGUCUAAGGCUGGAAAACUGUGUGUGCCGGCGAUGAAUGUGAACGACUCCGUGACAAAGCAGAAGUUUGACAACCUGUACUGCUGCAGAGAGUCCAUCCUGGACGGCUUGAAGAGAACCACAGAUGUCAUGUUUGGAGGCAAACAGGUGAUCGUGUGUGGUUAUGGCGAGGUUGGAAAAGGAUGUUGUGCUGCUCUGAAAGCUCUGGGAUCCAUUGUCUACGUGACAGAGAUCGAUCCCAUCUGUGCCCUGCAGGCCUGCAUGGAUGGAUUCCGGGUAGUGAAGCUGAACGAGGUCAUUCGCCAGGUCGACAUCAUCAUCACAUGCACUGGGAACAAGAAUGUGGUGACCAGAGACCAGCUGGACCGGAUGAAAAAUGGCGCCAUUGUUUGCAACAUGGGACACUCUAAUACUGAGAUUGAUGUGGCAAGUCUUCGAACCCCUGAGCUGACCUGGGAGAGAGUGCGCUCUCAGGUGGACCAUGUCAUCUGGCCGGAUGGGAAGAGAGUUAUACUUCUCGCUGAGGGGCGUCUCCUGAACCUCAGCUGCUCCACUGUCCCUACCUUUGUCCUGUCCAUCACAGCCACCACUCAGGCCCUGGCCCUUAUAGAGCUGUACAAUGCUCCAGAGGGACGAUACAAAAAGGAUGUUUACUUGCUUCCCAAGAAGAUGGAUGAAUAUGUUGCCAGUCUCCAUCUGACUACGUUUGACGCCCACCUGACAGAGCUGUCUGAUGAGCAGGCAAAAUACCUCGGCCUCAACAAGAACGGACCUUUUAAACCCAACUACUACAGGUAUUAAUUAGUCUGCAAGGGAAUCGCCAGUACACCUGAAUGUGGACAGUACCUGACAUUGCCUGUCAAAGACAAACAAAAGAUGUAUGUUUAUUGUAUUUUAUACUCUUCACAUGCACAGCUCACUGUAUAUUUCGUAGUAUUUCACUGGUCACGGCAAACACAACUUCAUUCGCUGCUUCCUGCAGAGGGAGGCGCCCACCUGGCAGUUAAAAGUCAGCAUAACUGCAGCACUCGCAUGCAGUUUGUUUUUCUCAUGCAUCCGUUUCCAUUCUUGCCAUCCUGAUUGAGACUUCAGAUACAUACUGAACACUGUAUCGACAUAUUGUGCCAAAUGACUGUGACGGAGGAACAUUAGAGUUGUUGAGAAAGUUAAAUAGUUAGUCGUAAGUGAGAUUUUUGUAUCAGAUUCCUUCAUGAAAUGCUUAAGGGUGACUUAUAAUGGAAAAAUCUACUGAAGCUGUUAGCCACAUUUAGCUUGCUGUAUAAAACCCACUAACAAGUCAGUGUUAACUGCUUGCUCGUAAAAGAAAAGACAAAUAUUGAGCAACUGAGUGGACCAAGGCUACAUCCACACUCCUUUGUUUUCGUUUUAAAAAUGUGAAACUCUGCCCCAGAUACACUCGCCGUCCACAUUACCCAGGUGUCCCAGUAUUAGCUGUGAAUGCAGAACUAUUAACACUUAGUUUUCAGACGUCCCUGCUCUGCCUCCUGUUCCUCCAGACAAACAUGCCCACUGUAUCUGAAUAUGACAUGAUACGUGUUUUUAAAGCCGUGGUAGUAUGGAGGCACAUUACUUCUGAUAUGGAGCUGAAAUGCUCAACAACGCAGAUACAUUUUUAUCUGAAAAUGUCUGUUUUCAAAUGAAAAUGUAGUCGUAUGAAUGUAGCCCAAGUCAGAACUAAAUAAAUUAUAAGAAUUAGGAGCAGUGGGCAGCAAUGGGGGUUUUGGUACCUUGCUCAGGGGUACCCCAGCCCUUUUUUUUUUAUCUGGUAGGGACUCAAACCGGCAACCGUCCAGUUACAAGCCUGUGGAUAUUGGGCUGCAGCAGUUGGAGAAAGAAGUUUUCACAAUUAAUCGUCAGUAUUUCUGCUGCGUGUUUAAAGUAGGCCACUGUUUGCUUACAAAUGAGCCAUAACUGGAUUUUAAUGGUCUGUGAGUGUUUGUUUUUUUUAAAUCCCCUAAGUCCUCUUUCCAUUUGAUGUGGCGGCACUUAUUCACCUGAUACAUUCCAUCUACACAAUGCAUAAGAAUUGUCCAGACCUCUUUAGAAACCAUCAACAUUAUUGCUUAGCUGAUAAAAUAGUCUUCAGCACUUGUGACUAUGGCAAACAUAAAAAAAAAGACUUUUAAUCCUUUAUUUUCUUGGAGAGAUUUGUCAAUUUUUUUGAGGUUUUGGUAUCUGGUAAAAUAAAAAUAUAAUAAUCUGCACCUCAGGGCAUUCAACUAUCUCAAAUGACCUGUAAAUAUAUUUGUAUCACCUCUGCAUGGGCUAACCUUCAAAUCCAUGUCCACCCCCACUGUCAUUCUCAUCAACAUAUUAAAGGUUUGAAAUAAUUAUAGAUAUUUUGAUACUCUAUGAUAUAUGCCAUAUACAUAUUACGCGUCUAGAGUAAGUUGAUUAUUACAGCUUUGGAUUUUCUUUGUGACGUAUGUUGAGCCGUGUUGAUUACAGUUAGUUUGUACUGUAAAGGAAAUCUGAGGAGCCAGGCUAAUCAAACGACUUUAAAGGUAGGGUUGGACAUCCUGGGAAAAACUCAUGCAUUAUGAUCCAAUUCAUUUGUUCGGGCCAUUCAAUAUGAUUGGAUGGUGUUUUUACAGACAUUUUCCAUGGGUUGUAAAGAGGAUUUUAAGCAAUACAGUAAAAUAUGCUCUGGAAAAUGAUCUCCCACCCGACCUUUAACAGUCAAUGAAUUGUUUGAUUGUCACAGAACUCUGAUCUUGUGUUGACUCGAGGGUGUUUGUAUAUUCAAGGUUUUAUCAACGGAAAUAACAGUAAACCUAAAGUCCUCAGAGGCUCUGGGCAAAGACAGGGAUAAUAUUUGUUUGUCAACACAUUUGCUGGAUAGAUGUAUUAAAUUAACCGCUGUUAUGUUGCUCUGUCGCACCGUUAUUAUCGCUACUCUAGUGCUAGUGUUACCUAAUUUUGCUCCCUAGAAAUUCACCUUGUUUCAAAGCUUGAGCAGUGUUUACUGUUAGUUUGUUAUGAGCACAAAAUUCAGUAUACUACGCUUUGUUCAUGUGUGAUGAUUUCUUUCUUUCUUUCUUAAAUCAGUGUACACAUUGGGAAAUGUACUUGAGUGAUUCACUUUUAAACUCCAGACAGUAUGCUGUAGUGUGCAGGCACUAGUGAUCUCUCUGAAUGUUAAGCUCUUCAACACAGACCAACACAACACGACUGUCGGCUCAUCUUAACGUCAAAGAGUUGAACAUUUUUCUGUCCCUGACGAGCAUCCGGCACCUUGUGGUGUCACUUUACAAUCAGUAUCUUUUCCCCAUCGCCAUUCAAAACUUUCUUGUACUUAAUUAUAACUCCACCCACCACCACCUCUCAUCUUUGCACUAACAGCUUUAAGGGCAUUAGAGCCAAGGACUUUUCAGUGAGGACAUCAUUGUCGGCGAGAUGAGUGCCGUAACCAUGGUUACUGGCCACUCGACAGUGCCUUGUGACUCACUUAGUAAUUUCUAUUCACACGAACAACUGUGUGUACUUCCCUUAAAAGUGUGAAGAUGCCUCACGUGGUUGUUAUUCUGCAAUAUACUGUACAUGAAUAGCUAUGCAGCUAAAUAUUCUCAGUUCACUGUGUUUGGAGAGUUAUUUAAAUUGGUAGUUUUAAUAGAUUACAUUUUUACAAUGUGGCGCUCUUAUGGGUUUUUAAUCACACAUUUGUUUGUUUUGUUUUAUGAACUACUACAGUGUCCUUUAAGUGCGAGUGUGAUGUCUUUGAAAUGUCAUCAAAGACAUCAUCAUAAGGCUCCGUCUGACUAACACUUAUAGGUAGAUCUCUUUCUUUACUGUCCUUACUUCUCUGUCCUUUGACCUUUUAAUCACUGACAUUUUUGAGAGUAUAAAUAGAAGUAGGAGUAAUUUCAAAAUGAAAACAGGUUCCUCCAUGUGUAGUUAUACUGUAUACUGUAUACUGUAUACACAAAUACUGUAUCGUCUCUGGAACCGAGAAACGUAAAUCAGGACGUCUCUGAUCUGACUGGCACUGUAGCUGGUUUCAGGUUUUUGACGUAGAUUAUGGUUUUGUGUAUGUUUUAUGAGCUGUACGCCUGUGUUUCAUUCAUUCAUACAUUGUAACUGUAGUUAAGUUGGAACACACUCGCUGUUGUGGUACACACUGUUGCAUUUCUUUGACUGUUCCCUUUAAUAAACUGCUUUUAAUUUGAUUAAA